GAGGCAGAGGCCGGAGCUGUGAAGCUUUGGAGUGGGGGCACCGCCAUGCGCCUCCUACCCCCCUCUCCUUCGACACUCCCCCAGGACUCUGAAAAUUGCUUCUUUUGCAACUCCCGGGAACGGGGUGGCCAUGGCAUUGAGAAUGUGAUAUCCCGGAGUGGUCCCCGUGGCAACCAGACCUGGUGGCAAGCUGAGAGCAGUGUUGAGAACGUCACCAUCCAGCUAGACCUGGAGAGCGCGUUCUACUUCACCCACCUCAUCAUGACUUUCAAGACUUUCCGCCCAUCGGCACUGGCCCUCAAGCGUUCGGUGGACCGUGGCCGCUCCUGGCACGUGUACCGGUACUUUGCCCACAACUGCUCCGGCCUCUUCCGUGGCAUCGCCCGUGCCCCGGGCCACAGUGUCCGCGAUCCCGUCUGUGACCAGCAUUACUCAGACAUCGAGCCUUCCACCAGGGGCAAGGUCAGGCCAGAGGCUCAGGCUUGCUUCUUCCUCAGGUCGUUUUCAAGGUUCUGGACCCCGCCAUUCUGGUGGAGAACCCACACAAGCCCGAGAUUCAGGCUGCUCGCCUUGAACCCCACCCUAGGCCCCGGGGCAGCUGCUGCCCAUUCCUUUGAUCAGGAGAACAGGGGAACCUGGCAAAGGAGAGACAUAGGGGGUGGCCUUGGCCAGGCCCCUGAAGCUGUGGAGCAGGAGGAGCCGCGGACCAUCCGCCUGUGCAUUGAGCAAGGGCCCCGCUGCGUGGCAGAGCUCCUGCACGUGACUAACCUCCGUGUGAACUUCUCCAAACUGCACACCCUGGGUGACAGGCCCCCGGGGGGCCUCAGGGGACACCCCUUCUACUACUAUGCCCUCUGUGAGCUCGUGGCCGGAGGCAGCUGCCUGUGCCACGGCCAUGCCUCUGAGUGCAGGCCUGCCCCCGGGGCCCCAGCCAACGCGGAGGGCAUGUGUCGCUGCAAAGCCAACGUCUGGGGCCGGCGCUGUGACUCCUGCCGGCCCGGCCACUAUGGCUUGAGCCUUCCCCCGUCAGAGGGCUGCCAGCGGCCCCCUGGCUCUGGCUUCUAUCACGGGACGUCCUGCCACGUGGCCGUGUCCUGUGCCUCUGCGGGCCUGGCUACGCAGGUCACAGGUCAGUGCCCCUGCCGGCCAGGAUUUGGGGGCCGCACGUGCUCCCGGUGUGAGGAUGGGUCCUGGGGUGACCCCGAGCAGGAGUGCAGAGGACGUACCUGUGAAGGCAGCUAG